AUGGAUUUAUUUGGGAGACACAGAAAGGCAGAAGAGAGGGCAUUGGAGAGCCAGAAAGAGGAAGAGGACAGGAGAAGAAAGGAACAAGAGAAGCAGGAGAGGGAGAGAGAGGCAGCAUACAGGGCAGCUCAGGAGGAACAGGAGAGGAUCCAACAGAAACAUGCGGAGCUGCGCAGGAAACAGGCGCAGGAGAGGCAGCAGAAGCAGAUGCAGGAGCAGCAGUCCAUGUCCCAGAUCAGACAGGACCGCAUGCAGGAGAGGAUGAACAGGCUCAGACAGGAGUACCAGGCCAAGAGAAGAGGAGAGGAGUCAUCACCAGGGACAGGUCCAGGCAGGCCCAAAACUCCCGACGCCUCGCGCUACCCCCACCCCGAGCCGCGCCGACCGAGAAGUCCGGACCUGCAGCGGUACGGACCGGCCGGUCGCGCACAGAGUCCGCCCGCCAGGCAGCCGGGACCGGGGGUGCGGCCGCAGAGUCCGCCCGACGUGGCGCGACGGAGACCGCGGAGUCCCGAGGUGAACAGAUAUGAAGACAACAGGAGACACAGCAGUAUUGAAGUCAGGAAGCGACAUCCUGGCAAGUACCCCAACUACCAACCCCCCGUACCCAGCCUAGGGGACAGGAGACAGGAUCCCCCUCCCCCAGGGAACAGGAGACAGGACCCCCCUCCCCCUCAGCACUCCAACUACGCACCCGCACCCAGGAACUUCAGCAGCCUCCCCCGGGGGUAUGGCCGGCCAGCUAUGUACCAAACUAGACCCAGUCGGAGCCAGGCGGGCACCCCCCACCCCGAUCAGAUGCGUGCCAACGCCCAUCACGACGGCUACGCCAAACCCACAGACCCGCGACAUCCGCCACACCGACCGCGCACGCCCGGAGCUGAUGACCCUCGCAGACAGGCCCAUCCCCCUCCCACCGCCCCCCACAGCUACUACCGCCCCCUUCAGCAGCGGGAACCCCCCGCGGAAGGCCCCCCUCCCUACCACCCACAAGAAGCAGGCUACCCUUACAGCAGGCUACGUCCAGUGCCUGCCAUAAGGGAGGAACCUGCUUAUCACGGCAAGAGAGACUAUUACGACAGACCGCCACCGCCGCCAAACCAACAACAAUACGGCAACAGAUCGCCCGAAGAGAGGCGAUACCAGAACAGGCCACGGUCUGCGGGGGCAUCGCGAGUCGCGGAGGAAGAGCGCUACCCGGUACGUCCGCGAUCGGCGGGGCCGGCGCAGUGGGAGCGUGAACGCCUGGAGAGAGAGAGGCAAGCGAAUCAUCAAGCGUACUACGCCAGCCAUCAAAACAACAGGCAUAGCUACUACGACGACAGACCAAUCAGCUAUCAGGACAAGCAUCCCGAGGGAUACCGUUCACUGCCAAGACGAGCGCACAGGUCGGGUGAAGACGUACGGGAGGAAGGCGUCGUCAUUUCUCGAGCCGCGUGCGUCUGAGUCAGCGCUACUUUUAUACUUGUAGAUAAGAUAAGAUGGGAAUUCUGAACUGAAGGAAGAACAAUCAGAAAAAUGUUGAACAUAUGUGCCAAACUGGGUGUAACUUGUGUUUGGUCGGAUGGGAUGAUGUUAGAAACUAAGAGGUUCUCCCAAAGUGAAAGAUCAUUGGUGGUUCAUUGGUGGCACCUUACUUAACCCUUUCAUUCUGGCACCAAAUAUCUUUUGGCUGAAGAACUUGGCAAUAAAAAGGGUAAAAUUCGCCAAAAGGCAGUUACUCAAGCAAUUGGUAUGAUUUUGGAAACUGUCGGACAUUUCAGAUAACAUGAUGCUUUUUUGCAUAUCUUAUUACCUGGAUGUCUAACCUUCAUCGACGUAAAAAGGGUAAAAGUUUAGGAACGGCAAAGGUAGCAAAAAUUUGUAUGGUGAAAAAGUACUGAAUGAAAGUUUUUGGAUCAAAGAAGUAACAGUAUGAUAUUAGAGCCACCAUUUAUCUUUCAUUUUCUGUAGAAUCUUUUAGAGAGAAAAAUUGCCUGGUCAUAUGGGGAUCAAAAUGAUCUGGACCAAAAGUUGGAGUUUGAAAUAUGCUGUACUUAGCAGAGAAUACUAACACAGCCAUUGUAUAUACAUGUACCCAGAGUGGCAGUUAUCACAUAGGGAUAGUUUGAUGUAGACAGGCCACACAUUGGUUUUUCCUUUAUCUCCUAUGGUAUCAUAAAGGAAUAUCUAUUGGCAGAAACCUGACCACCCCUUUGAAGCUAAUAGUUUGUGCCUGUUACAGACUUUACAGAGUUGGGACAAACCAUUCAGAUGGACAGCGGGGGGAUUUAUAUGGAAGUACUUCUCUUUGUAUCAGUAAGGGUGCUUGUUGUAUAAAGCUAGCUGUGCCUUAUGCCACUGCUUCUAGGGUUCCCUUUGAAAAGGGAUCAUUGCGUUUUUAAAGUAGAACGUCAGAAUCGUUAGGAAACGACAUGAUGUGAGAUACGCCAAAUGUGUGACCAAGCAUUGAGACAAGUCUAUUUUGUGAAUGAAUACUAUGUAAGAUAUAUAUACACUGUACAGGAAUUGGGCAGGAAUGAGGAAUUGUUAGUUAUGUUGGUUUGAUAGAGUGUAUCAUGUAGCUAGAGUAGCCAAACUAAAUCUGACAAAUCAAAACAUAGUGAUUACUAGUAUAUAAACUGCAGGCCUAAACAGAAACCAUGUCGCAGAAACCCUGAUAGUAUUUUGUGAUUCUGUAUGUGCCCAAGUCUGAUGUAAGGCUAAGAUGAUGUAGGUACUAUGGUUAACUGCAGAAAGCAAUAAUUGUUACAAAUACAACCAGAAAUGUAAUACGGCUUGAUUGAUACAUAGAAGUGUUGCUUGACUGUUAACAUUCUUACAUUAAUAAGAAUUUCUUCAUAUCGAAAGUGUAGAAUUUACAGAAAGCCAAUGUGGACUUUAAAUCAAUGACAGACAAAAGAAAAAAGAAUAAUUCUUGUAAUGUCAACCUAGUUCAGCCAAUCUUUGCACUUAGGAAGAAUGCCCCCACAUAAAAAUUAUGGCAAAAGCAAUCUUUUGAUAUUGCAGAUGAUGAGCAAUACUAAUACUUCUUCAACUUGCAUUAAGAAGAGUUUUUGUCCUCACAUCAUCAGUGCCUUUCAUUAGACUUGGGCAUGUUUGUAGCAAUAAUGAUUCUCACAUAUCUGAAGUACAGCCUUCACACAUGCAGUAUGGAAGCAGCUGCUACUGUCAUAAGCCAAGUUCAGUGUCACACUUGACGACAAGUUCUUACCUCCUCUGCCAAUGAGUUUAUCUUCACUCAUUUUUACUGAAAUGUUGACUGUCCACUCCUUGGCAUAAGGACAUGGUGGUGAAAUUUUUUUGGAAAGAUCUGGAUUUUGUUCCAGCAUUUAAUGGAUUCUUUGCCACUAGGAGGUCAGUCAUGCACCUAGCAGUUUCACCCCAAACUGCAGGACACAAGAAUGUUAGUCCUGAAACAAAGAUGACAUGGGCAACCCAAGAAAGAUCUUACUUGUUGAGGUCUGUCCUUAUUCUGAGUGCUGUCUACUUUUGAAUUUGAUAUACAUGAGAAAAUAUACUGUCAAACCUGUCUAUAGCGACCACCCAAGGGACUGGAAGAAGAAAAUGCUUAUAGUAGACGGUUGGUCACUUGAGGCAGGUUAAGAAGGAUAUGUAAUGCCUGGAUUAAUGGAAAUAGUAAGCUUAAGUGGCCAUUAUAGCCAGGUUGUCCUUAUGCAGAGGUGGUUACAGGCCUAUACAGGUCUGACUAGCUAUUUCUUCAUAUUCAAGCAGUUGGAUAUUCCAUAAGGAAUUGUUGAAAUAAACACUAUUUGCCAAGUCUUGGGUUUUACCAUGGUAACUGCAGAUUAAGCCAAAAAUGAUAUCUUCUAGAUCAUAUCAAUAGAAAUGAUUUUAACGACAAGAAUUCUCAACCUUUUUGUGUAUCUCACAUUGUACUGUAGACAAUGUGAAGCAAAUGUACGUUUUACAACUUGUGUAUAAAAAAAACUAACUUUCGAUAUUUAUCUGAUGUUGAAGCAAAUCUUCUCAUUAGUUAAGUUACUUAUUAAGUAUUUGUUCUAAGGUUACACGGUUUCUUACUCCCUGUAUAAAGUUAUUUUGGUAUAAGAAAAAUGGCAGAUUUCUUUGAAGGGUUUGAUUGAAUUUUUAGACUUGAAUUCGAAAUUAUCAAACUUGUACAUUAUCAGUUUUACCAUCCCAGCUAAAAUCCCCUUCAGUACUUAGAUAUUAUUUGUACCUAACUUAGAAAUCUUACUUUUUUCGAAAUUUUGCGGUAAUGCAAGUAUGAUUUUCAGUGGGUUUCUACUAUUGUAAUGGACUCUCUCAGUUUGAAGCGUUUGCCAUGUACUUAGCCAGAUUUGUACCCUCCUAACUCAUUUUGCAAAAUGCAAAGCAUUUUACCUCACUGAUAUGUACCUAAUAAAAUUUGUAUCUUACAUUCGUA